AUGUAACCGAAACUAUUCUCGAGGGGUAUUGGAGUACUUUAUGUAAGUUGAGAAAGUAGAUAUAGCAAACAUUGACAGUCGAUUAGCAAGAUUCAAGAACCACUCCGGAUAAGAUAAAUCAGACCAUAAAGAGAUUAUCAAUGGCUUCUCUGGCAUCAAAUUUGUCAUGGAAUUCGUCUUCAUGGCUUAAUAACCGCACCCUAACAAGGAGCACCAACGAAGGCAUCAAAAUUUCCGAUAAAAGCUCAGAUUUUGUAAUUUUGGCUCAAAAGAAAGCGAAGAAAACUCGAAAGAUAAUACUGAUUGAGGAUGUUACUGAUGUGGGGAAGAAAGGGCAGCUUUUGGAUGUCAAAGCUGGGUUUUACCGAAACUUUCUGCAUCCUUCCGGAAAAGCGCGGAUUGUUACUCCCAUUCUUCUCAAGGAAAUGAAGGUUGAAGAAGAGAGAAUUGAGGCUGAAAAGAAACGGGUAAAAGAAGAGGCACUACAACUUGCUAGAAUUUUUGAAACUGUUGGAGCAUUCAAAGUGAAACGUAAGGGAGGGAAAGGAAAGCAAAUUUUUGGAAGUGUUACUGCUCAAGAUCUUGUUGACAUAAUUAAGGCACAACUUCAAAGAGAUAUUGAUAAAAGAAUUGUCACUUUACCCGAGAUCCGAGAAACAGGAGAAUAUAUUGCAGAGUUGAAGCUUCAUCCUGAUGUUACUGCUCAAGUCAGGGCGUAUUUCAAGGAUGAAAACUUUGAGUAGUUUUAGAAUCGCAAAUAGAGCUGCCCAAGUUUCAAGAACAUAUAUUUAUUUUUUCUUUUGUUGUGUUUUAUAUGCUCGCAAUAUAACAUUGGUAUGAACACAUGCUUGCUAUUAUUUGUUGAUAUUUUGGAUUGUUCAUUUCCAAUGAAAUUUCGUGAAACAUUUCUACAUUUAUGGAGCUUUCUUUUUCGGUAAAAAAUAUAUGGAAAUGCCACAAACAAGUUUGGUGCGUUUUAAGAAGUAUAAAGGUAAAAAUUAUGAAGGAAUCGAACGGUUUAUAUUUAGUAGUAGUAGGCGCAAUAUAGCAAAGUAGAUGAGUUUGACAAAAACGGAUGUAAUGAAUUAACAAGUGUAAUUUAAUGUAUACGAGC